AUGAAAGCACCUUUCUUCCAGGCCGCGUCGCAAGCGGGAGGACAUGGCCUGCCAGCAUUUGGCGCCGGCAGUGUCGCCUCCGUGGCAUCUACCAGUCUGAGCAGCGGUCUGAAGCGACCUGCGCCGGGUACAGGGCCAACUGCAGAUGCAUCUGCGCCUUCAGUUGAGGAGGCAGCACCUGUGGAGGAACGUCAGUGGUUCUACAAAGAUGCCGCUGGUCGCCAGCAAGGCCCCUACCCCUCGUCGGUGAUGGCCAGGUGGUCGCGCUCUGGGGCGUUCCCUCCAGAAACCUUGGUUCGUUCCGAGGACGAUGCCGAGUUCUCGGAGCUUGGCAAUGGCAUGCGCUUGACACUGGCGUCCUUGAAGUGA